UUAUUUUUAAUUUUUAAUUAAUAUUAAUUAAAAAGUGAGAAAAUUAUUUUACAAAAUGGAUAAAAAUAAAACAGAAAUUGAAAUUUUAAAUAAUAGUAAUAAUAAUAACAGUGUUGAAUUGAACGUAUCUAACACAAGAAUGUCACGUUUAACAAAUCAAUUUUCAAUUGAAAAUUUAUUAUCAAGUCAUAAUAAUAAUAAUAAUCAAACAAAUAACAGCAAUAUGGAUAAUAAUACAACAUCUUCACCAAUAGAAUCUCCAACAAAAGCAUAUAACAAUAAUAAUAAUAACAAUAGCAAUUUAGAUAGUUUAGAUUAUAAUCAAGAUGAUAAUCAUCAAACAUCUCCUUCAUCAUCAGAACAAAUACAAAUAGAAUCGGAAUAUAAUGAUUCAACACAAUAUCAAUCAUCACAACAGUCAAUAAAAACAUUACCAGUAGCAAUAGCCGAACAGCAACAACAACAAACAACACCAUCAAUAAAUUGUGGUUUUACACAAUUAGGAUUAAAUAAUUUUCCAUUUUAUAAUCCAUGGAUGGGUUAUUUAAAUCAUCAUCCACAUUUAAGUCAUCAUCAACAACAGCAGCAACAACAACAACAUAAUUCACUACAUCAAGAAUCUCGAUUAUCACAUUUCUUUUCGAAUCCAACAAAUUCAUUAGCAAUUCAUUUACAAAAUUUAUCAGCAGAAACAACACAAAAUUUAAAUAAAAGAUUUUCAAUAUCAACAAUAGAUCGCCAUCACUCUCUGCAACAAUUAUCUUCAUCAUCACCACCACCAGUAGAUGAAAACGGAUUAAGAAUAUCAUCAAUAACAACAACAACAACAUCAUCAACACCAACAUCAAUAAUGUCAAAUUUUUUAGAUCCAAGAUCUUUUUUAAAUCAUUCGGAUCCAAGAUAUCGUGAAACUUUAGCACAUUUUAUGAUGAAUAAUUGUGGUGAUAUAACAGCACGGGAAAAAUUAACUGAGUUAUUAUUAGCGAGUAGUGCUAAUAAUAACGCUAUACAAAAUGAUUAUUUAAUUGCAAAUAAUGAUUUAAUAAAUAGUUCAACUGAACAACAACAACAACAAUUAUUACAAAAUUCAAAUUUUGAUCAACGUUUUAAAGGACGUAUAACAUUAGGUACUGCGGCUGCUGCUGCUGCAGCUGCAGCUGUUGUUGCAUCAGCAUUUUCACAAAAUGAUUGCCAUUCAGAUGAUAUUAGUGAUGAAUGCUCUGAUGAUGGUAAUUCUGGCCACAAUGCAUCCGGUGAAUCAACAAAAGGUUCUGAAACUGGUGGUAGUGGUGGCGGUGGUAAUAAUGGUAACAAUAAUAGUAGCAAUAAUAGUAAUAAUUCAAAAUCAAGAAGACGUAGAACAGCAUUUACAUCUGAACAAUUAUUAGAAUUAGAACGUGAAUUUCAUGCAAAAAAGUACCUUAGUUUAACAGAAAGAAGUCAAAUAGCAACUAGUCUUAAAUUAAGUGAAGUUCAGGUUAAAAUAUGGUUUCAAAAUAGACGUGCUAAAUGGAAACGUGUUAAAGCUGGUCUUACAUCACAUGGUUUAGGUCGUACUGGUAAUAAUGGAACAAAAAUUGUUGUACCAAUACCAGUACAUGUAAAUAGAUUUGCAAUCAGAUCUCAACAUCAACAUAUGGAAAAAAUGGCAUUAAGUGGACCAAAACCAGAUUUAAGAAAAAAUCCGACAUCAAUUGAUAUUAGUAGUGGUUUUGAAAGAUUUGCACCAUCAUUAAUAUCAGCUCAACAUUCAAUACCAAUACAAAUGACAACUGGUUCAAUAUUACCAUCAUCGACAGGUUCUACAGCAUCAGCAGUAGCUGCAGCAGCUGCUGCUAUUACAACAGCAGGAAUUUUAAAUAGUUCAACUGAUCAAAAUGCGUACUGAUUUUGUUUAAAAAUUUUGUAUAAUUUAUUUUCCUAUAUUUUUUAAAUUUAUUUUUUUUUGUUUAUUCUUACUAUA